AGUGGAGCGUCCUGAGCACCGAGGGCUCGCGGGUCCUGAGGGGAGGCGGCGAGCCCGGAGCCGGGCACUGAGCUCUUGGGCGCCCCCAACCCCUGUUUUCGGAGCCCUCCACGCUGCGGCCGCUGUCCCCUCUGGACCAUGGCCGACGACGACGUGCUGUUCGAGGAUGUGUACGAGCUGUGCGAGGUGAUCGGCAAGGGUCCCUUCAGUGUCGUACGACGAUGUAUCAACAGAGAAACUGGGCAACAAUUUGCUGUAAAAAUUGUUGAUGUAGCCAAGUUCACAUCAAGUCCAGGGUUAAGUACAGAAGGUAAGAGAUGGAUUUCAAAUCUAAAGCGGGAAGCCAGUAUCUGUCAUAUGCUGAAACAUCCACACAUUGUAGAGUUAUUGGAGACAUAUAGCUCAGAUGGAAUGCUUUACAUGGUUUUUGAAUUUAUGGAUGGAGCAGAUCUGUGUUUUGAAAUCGUAAAGCGAGCUGAUGCUGGUUUUGUAUACAGUGAAGCUGUGGCCAGCCAUUACAUGAGACAGAUACUGGAAGCACUACGCUAUUGUCAUGACAAUAACAUAAUUCACAGGGAUGUGAAGCCCCACUGUGUUCUCCUUGCCUCAAAAGAAAAUUCAGCACCUGUUAAACUUGGGGGCUUUGGGGUAGCUAUACAGUUAGGAGAAUCUGGACUUGUAGCUGGAGGACGUGUUGGAACACCUCACUUUAUGGCCCCAGAAGUGGUCAAGAGAGAGCCUUACGGAAAGCCUGUGGAUGUCUGGGGGUGCGGCGUGAUCCUUUUCAUUCUGCUCAGUGGUUGUUUGCCUUUUUAUGGAACCAAGGAAAGAUUAUUUGAAGGCAUUAUUAAAGGAAAAUACAAGAUGAAUCCAAGGCAGUGGAGCCAUAUCUCUGAAAGUGCCAAAGACCUAGUACGUCGUAUGCUGAUGCUAGAUCCUGCUGAAAGGAUCACUGUCUAUGAAGCACUGAAUCACCCAUGGCUUAAGGAGCGGGAUCGUUAUGCCUACAAGAUUCAUCUCCCAGAAACAGUAGAACAACUGAGGAAAUUCAAUGCAAGGAGAAAACUAAAGGGUGCAGUACUAGCUGCUGUAUCAAGUCACAAAUUCAACUCCUUCUAUGGAGAUCCCCCUGAAGAGUUGCCAGAUUUCUCUGAAGACCCUACCUCCUCAGGACUUCUAGCAGCAGAAAGAGCCGUCUCUCAGGUGCUGGACAGCCUUGAAGAGAUUCACGCACUUACAGACUGCAGUGAAAAAGACCUAGAUUUUCUACACAGUGUUUUCCAGGAUCAGCAUCUUCACACACUGCUAGAUCUGUAUGACAAAAUUAACACAAAGUCUUCACCACAAAUCAGGAAUCCUCCAAGUGAUGCAGUACAGAGAGCCAAAGAGGUAUUGGAAGAAAUUUCAUGCUACCCCGAAAAUAAUGAUGCAAAGGAACUCAAGCGUAUUUUAACACAACCUCAUUUCAUGGCCUUACUUCAGACUCAUGAUGUAGUGGCACAUGAAGUUUACAGUGAUGAAGCACUAAGGGUCACACCUCCUCCCACUUCUCCCUAUUUAAAUGGUGAUUCUCCAGAAAGUGCGAACGGAGACAUGGAUAUGGAGAAUGUGACCAGAGUUAGGCUGGUACAGUUCCAAAAGAACACAGAUGAACCAAUGGGAAUCACUUUGAAAAUGAAUGAGCUAAAUCACUGUAUUGUUGCGAGAAUUAUGCAUGGGGGUAUGAUUCAUAGGCAAGGUACACUUCAUGUUGGUGAUGAAAUUCGAGAAAUCAAUGGCAUCAGCGUGGCUAACCAAACUGUGGAACAACUGCAAAAAAUGCUUAGGGAAAUGCGGGGGAGUAUUACCUUCAAGAUUGUGCCAAGCUAUCGCACCCAGUCUUCGUCCUGUGAGAGAGAUUCCCCCUCCACUUCCAGGCAGUCCCCUGCUAAUGGUCAUAGCAGCACUAACAAUUCUGUUUCGGACUUGCCAUCAACUACCCAACCAAAAGGACGACAGAUCUAUGUAAGAGCACAAUUUGAAUAUGAUCCAGCCAAGGAUGACCUCAUCCCCUGCAAAGAAGCUGGCAUUCGAUUCAGAGUUGGUGACAUUAUCCAGAUUAUUAGUAAGGAUGACCACAACUGGUGGCAGGGUAAACUGGAAAACUCCAAAAAUGGAACUGCAGGUCUCAUUCCUUCUCCUGAACUCCAGGAAUGGCGAGUAGCUUGCAUUGCUAUGGAGAAGACCAAACAAGAGCAGCAGGCCAGCUGUACUUGGUUUGGCAAGAAAAAGAAGCAGUACAAAGAUAAAUAUUUGGCAAAGCACAAUGCAGUGUUUGAUCAAUUAGACCUUGUCACAUAUGAAGAAGUAGUUAAACUGCCAGCAUUCAAAAGGAAAACACUAGUUUUAUUAGGUGCACAUGGUGUUGGGAGAAGACAUAUAAAAAACACCCUUAUCACAAAGCACCCGGACCGGUUUGCAUACCCUAUUCCACAUACAACCAGACCUCCAAAGAAAGAUGAAGAAAAUGGAAAGAAUUAUUACUUUGUAUCUCAUGACCAAAUGAUGCAAGACAUCUCAAAUAAUGAGUACUUGGAGUAUGGCAGCCAUGAGGAUGCAAUGUAUGGGACAAAACUGGAGACCAUUCGGAAGAUCCACGAGCAGGGGCUGAUUGCGAUACUGGACGUGGAGCCUCAGGCACUGAAAGUCCUGAGAACUGCUGAGUUCGCUCCUUUUGUUGUCUUCAUUGCUGCACCAACUAUCACUCCAGGUUUAAGUGAGGAUGAAUCCCUCCAACGCCUGCAGAAGGAGUCCGAUGUGUUACAGAGAACAUAUGCACACUACUUCGAUCUCACAAUUAUCAACAAUGAAAUUGAUGAGACAAUCAGACACCUGGAGGAAGCUGUUGAGCUCGUGUGCACAGCCCCACAGUGGGUCCCAGUCUCCUGGGUCUAUUAGGGCUCUCCCAAGAUAUCUGAGCAUAACUGGGAGCCGCCUCCUACGUGGAAAAGCCUCUUUGUUAUCGGCCUUGUGUCAGCAGGUCGUGGUCCCUAGAGACUACCUAGUUGUAGUGUGACCUACAUUUAUAAUUAUUGUCAUGUCCGAAUAGAUAGGAGGAGAAAAACAAUUACACACUAAUUUAAAGAGACAGUAUCUUUUUUAAUCAGUUCUCCUAAACUUUAAUAAAAUGUAUCUUUAAAUGUAUGUAUUAUUCAAUCCUUUGGAAUGUUAUAUUUUUGGAAAUCAUAGCUUUUUAUUUCCAAGGCCCCUAAAAACUGCACAAAAUAGAUGCUGCUUUCUAUAAUCUAUUUUAAUAAUAAUAAACAAUGAUUCUGUUACCUUGACUGGGGGUGAAACACUACAUUCUUUUUAGAGUCUGAUUUUAUGGAUUGGAAUAUCUUUCUUUCCUUUAUUUAUUUGAAAUAAUUAGUCUAGUGAUUACAAAACAGUCAUAAAUUUUUAAAGGCCUUUUUUCUCUCUUUUUUUUAGAAUAGUAUUUUUUUUAAGUCCUUUAUGUAACAUCCAGAUAAUGUGAUACUGUCUCUUUGAAGCACCCUGUAAACCUUUUAGAGAUUUGAAGUUGGGUCUUGACUCUUAAUGCAUGUGGACAGUCGCGAGCGUUUAUGCUGUCGGUGUGUCUGUGUUGGACAAAAAAAAAAAAAAUCUGUAAUCUACAGCAAAAUACAUUCCGUUCACGGGGCACACCCAGGGGAAUAAGAAUAAAUUGCUAUUAUGACUAAGUUGUAAACCUAUGCACAUCCCUUGCAUUUUGGGCAAAUUUAUAAAAAAAAGAAACUGAUUUUUAUUAAUAAUAAUCAUGUAGUGAAAUGUGUUUGUAAUUUUGUCUCAAUUUAAUUUGUUGUAAGGUGGGAGGGGGUAUUGCUGGUUUCACCAUUUCAGAUCUGUGUUGUCUAAGAGUAUUAACGUUUUAAUUAAGCAAAGAAAUGCGGAUUUUUAAUCUGUAUGUAAUUGUUUUAAAGCACCCAUUUAAAAAGAAAAUACUGUGCAAUGAACAAAUAUGGUUUAGGCAUUUGCUAUAAACUGAAUUAGUCCAAAAGCAUAAUCUAUAACAGCCCUGUAAAUUCCUUUAAAAUGAUAACUAACAGGACAGUCUGACCAAUUUUUUAAAAUAUACUUUCUUUUAUGUGUUCAAUAA